AUCUGGAAGGUUGGCACCCCUGACACCGGUGUCAAUCAACCGAAAACUCCAUAAGAAAAUAUUGAUUUUUUACUCUUUAAAAUAAGUUUAGAAAAACACAAUGUGGAAAUGCUUAAUGAGAACAAAACAAAAAAAUUAUUGAGGAAAUAUUGUGUUUUGUAAAUCAUCGCGUAGAAUAGUUGUCAGAAGUUACGAACCACUUUCUAUUCUAGUGUUAAAGGUAGUUCAAUGAGAAUCUGACAAAACCAGGUGGAAUAACCCUAUUCCUUAGCUCUCUGCAACAUCGAUUUCACAAUGGCUGAGAAAAAAAGUGACACAAUUUUAAACAAUGACAAUGAAAUAACUAUACGCAGAGGUCUGGACGUUAUACAAAGUAUGAUAGACAUAUCUGCAGAUCGUCUAGAAGGUCUGAGGACACAAUGUGCAACAAGCGCGGAGCUCACACAGCAAGAAAUACGUACUCUCGAAACAAAGUUAGUGAAAAUGUUCUCUGAAUUGCUUCUGACUAAGGCAAAACUGCCGGAAAGAUUGCCAAGCCGUGGACUUCCAACCGCCGGAAAUGAGCUCAGACAAUGGUUACGAGUUGUAGGAAACGGAAAUAUGGAAACCGAUUAAACUCGGCGUUUCGUCGUUUUGCAGUUUUGUGUUGUUUUUUUAUACUUGCAGGUUUGAGCACUGCAUCAUUAAAUGCUGUGAUACAAAAGGUUAAUUCAUUAGAACUAUUGCUCGACAAAAACGAUGUUGAGUUGCAGGAAAUAUUGGCGAACAAUAUUAAUGCUCGAGGGGAUGAACAUCGUCGUUUGGCUCGAGCAAUGAGCAAUCUAAAACGUUGCCGCGAUCAAUUGCAUUCCAAUGAACUGAAAGAGCCUAUGGAUUUGUAUUGGGAUUCUUGGGAUCGCCACCCAUUACAUCACCGUGCGUCACCUAGGAUCAGUCGUUCUCAGCCACGUGUCGGCAAUGUAUUCGUGCAAACCAUCUAUCGAAAUAAUGGAGUCGUUCAAAGUCCAAUAGAAAUCGCUCCUCCAGCAGCGGUCUCGUCAGACGUUUUAUCAGAACGGUUACUUCAUUCACAACAUGAGGAAGGUUCCACGUGUACGUUAACUCCAUCCCCAUCACCUCCCAAUUCACCAACGAACCUUAUGUUAGUAAAGCAAAUAAAGAAAGGAUUUCCUACCACUCCACCACCAAAAAAGAAGCAUCAAACACAUAUGCGACCAGCUGUGACACAACAACCACCGUUGCAUCAACAGCAGAUAUUACAGAAUAACAACUGUGUCAAUGGUGUUAAUCCAAAUGCUAACAGCGACCAGUUCGUGUUACUGACAAAAUCCAAAUCACACGAGUCACAGCUUUUGUCGAAUCAACCGCUACAGCUAACGGAAUCGGUCGUCAAUGUGAGUCAGCAAAAUAUGGCGCAUUCCAACAAUAUCAUAUCGAGCCUACAAUCACAGACAAAUAUUGGCAAUGGUAGUGUUGCAAUGCCUGGAGUACGCACGCGUCUUUAUACUGAACCAACGCCGGAUCAACAACAUUCCAACGAUCCCACAGAAAACACCAUAUCCUUAUUCCACAACUUAUCCAUUCCACCAAAGUCACCUUGCACACCCAUAAUAACAAGAGGAAUGGGUCAUAUGAUACAGCAUCGUUUCACCAAGAAGUUCAAGGUUACUAAAAGCACUUGCGAUUUAUGCAAUAAACAAAUGUUUUUCGGAUUCAAAUGUACAGAAUGUAAAUAUCGCUGCCAUAAGGAUUGUAAACCAAAUGUUCCGCCUUCUUGUGGGUUACCGCAAGAGUUUUUAGACGAAUUUAAGAAAAGCUUGCAAUCCGACACAUUAUUGCCGAAUGUGUCGCCGAAUCUUGGCAGUCGAGGAAUGUAUGCUAGAGAUCGGAAUCGUGUUCCUAUUCAUGGAAUUCACGGAGGUCCGGAUAGUAGCUCUGCUGGGUCUAGCUGCACUAGUUCUUCCCCCUCCAGUCCCGCGUUGCUUUCUUUGCCACCUCAAACUCCAGCGGCCUCUAAAUAUUCGCAAUUCAACUUUCCCGAAGUAUCCAGUGGACACAUCCCCAAUCACGUAACGGAUCGAGAUGGAAUAUUGAUCGAAACACAUCCCAUUAUUAAUAACGUUGGAGCGACUGGGGUUGAUCCUUCUAGCUAUGUCCAAAAAAAUCCAAAAUUACAGCUAUCACAGCUGCAGGAUACUCACCAAAGCAAUGAGAGCGAUAAAACUGGCUCUACCAGCGCAGCAAGCACAGAUUCUUCAUCUGAGCGCACACCGAUUCGUCUGGAUUCAACAGAGGAAAGAGAAAGCGACAACUGGCCAAGACAGAACAGCCUUUCAUUGAAGGAGUGGGAUAUUCCUUACGAUGAUUUAAAGUUACUUGAGAAAAUAGGUAAUGGUCGAUUCGGGACGGUUCAUCGUGCACUCUGGCAUGGUGAUGUAGCGGUUAAACUGUUUAAAGAAGAUUAUGUAGCGGACGAGCGAACCCUUGAAGCAUUUAAGUUAGAAGUGGCCACAUUUAAAAAGACUCGUCAUGAAAAUGUUGUGCUGUUCAUGGGCGCAUGCAUGAAGCCUCCCAGAUUAGCUAUUGUAACAUCACUCUGCAAAGGCAAUACCCUGUUUACACACAUUCACAUACGCAAAGAUAAAUUCAAUCUAAAUCGUACAACAAUUGUCGCGCAGCAAAUUUCGCAGGGCAUGGGAUAUUUACAUGCGCGAGGUAUUGUCCAUAAAGAUUUAAGAACGAAAAACAUUUUUCUUGAAAAUGGAAAAGUCAUAAUAGCUGAUUUUGGUCUUUUCAGUGCCACCAAACUAUUGUAUUGUGAUUUAGGAUUAGGUAUCCCAAGUGGUUGGUUGUGCUAUUUGGCCCCAGAGCUAAUGCGCAAACUUACCUCUUAUCGUCCUGUUGGAGGAGAUUUACCUUUCUCGAAGGCAUCGGAUAUUUUUGCUUUCGGAACUGUUUGGUAUGAAUUGCUCUGUGGUGAAUUUCCAUUCAAAUCUCAACCAUCCGAAUCGGUUAUAUGGCAAGUAGGUCGAGGAAUGAAGCAGACACUGGCAAAUCUUCAAGCUUCACGAGAUGUGAAAGACAUUUUAAUGGUCUGCUGGACCUAUCAAUCAGAUGAUAGACCUGACUUUGCGAAACUGCUGGGACUACUGGAACGAUUACCUAAAAAACGACUGGCUCGCUCUCCUUCCCAUCCAGUACAAUUAUCCCGUUCAGCCGAGUCAGUGUUUUAAAACAAUAAAUUGAGCUCUUUUCAUAAUUAUUAAGCUACGGAUACUUCAAAAUAAUACAGAAAUACAUUUUUGAUCUAUCUGUUUACCGAUCAUGGAGGAAAAAGUACUUUAAACUUCAGUUAGGAAUAGUUUGUAUUAAGAAUGAAACUUGUACAAUAUCAUGAAAUAUAACGAAGAAACCAAAUGUCCUCAAAUAUCAAAAAAUAUUGAAAAAGGGGGGUGGCGCAAACUGGUUAGACUUAACAAAAAAAAUGCUGAGUACCAAGUUGCCAGUAAAAACUUAAUCUGUACUCUCUAUAUAAGACGCUUAUACGGAGAAUAUAUUGAAUACAUUUAACGUAUGGAUAUAAAUAUGAAAUGUGGUUAAAAACAAAAAUCGUGCAGGAUAUUUGAUAGUAGGAUUAUUUUUCUCCGUAUUUGAUUUUUAUUGUAAGUUAUUAUUUGCCAAGUAUGAUAA